AUGGCGCCAACCGUGUCCUCUUCGCAAACGAAAUUGUCCUACCCUCUCUAUGCCGCGGACUUCGACCCCUUCAACCCCGAUUUCCUUCUUGUCGGUGGCGGUGGCGGCUCGUCCUCGACGGGCGUUCCCAACAAGAUUUCCCUGAUCGAUGCCUCUCGCCGAGACCAACUGGCCGAGGUGGUCGACGUCGAACUUGUCAAAGGCGAAGAUUCCGUCACAAGUCUGGGGGUCGUAGAGUCCUCUGAGUCAAGCCUGACUGCUUUUGCGGGCAUCAACAGCUCCAUCGCCGAUCAGAACGCCGGAAAGAAUGAACAUCUCAGGUCGUUUCGGAUCGGGCUACCAGCAAAGAAGAGAAGGGCGGAUGGUAGCACUGUGGACAGUGGAGAGAAGUCGACGGCCCCAACACAAGGCUCACAGGCGCUUGGCCGGACUGCGCUGUUCAGGUCUGCAUCAGGCACCAAAAAUGAAACCUAUCAACGGGUCCUGCGUCUUUCCCCGGCCACAUCUCCCGACCAACCUCGACUUGCGGCCAUUGCCUCAGGUCUGGCUCCGGAAAACGAGAUCAUUGUCUUCCGGCCAACUCCAAACCCAGUUGCAGAAGACGAAGUGUCUCGCAUUAGCCUUGGGGGAUGUGAGGCAGCAGAUCUGGAUCUGAUCUCUGACGGCGACGAGACGGCUGGUCAUCUUCUCGCAUAUUGCACAGAUGGUGAAGUGUUUGUGCAGCUACUUGCCACCGCCUCGAAGCCCGGGAAACCAAUUUCUUUAUACCGGAGUCCGGAGUCUACAACGUCGCUACCGCCGUCGAAGAGGCCGAAAUUCCGCUCUAUACGAUUUCUCACGCCUCGAUAUCUGUUGCUCCUGCAGAACCGACCCGGACGGACGGGGGCAGACCUUUUGGUCCUCCGAGUCAGCAAAGACUUAUCUCAGGCACGCAUCUCACUCCGGAAACGACUGCAUAAAUCGACCAAGGCGGCUGUAGGGUUGGAAGUAUGUCCCUUGACAGAAUCCGACCUGGGCGAACGACAAUUUGUCAUUGCUGUCGCCGGACAAAGCGGUGAUGACAGCUCCAUAGAGCUCUUGACGAUUGACUACACACCCAACACCGGCCUGGGAAGAUUCCGCCCAUACACGUUCCUCAGAAGCGUGCAUAAGGGCCCACUCACCAAACUGGUUUUUUCGAAUUUCAUCGGGCCAGCACUGCCAGUCACAAAAGACGUUGGCCCGCAGUUCAUACGCCUGGCUUCGGUCGGAGUCGACCAGAUCGUCGUGGUGCACCAUCUCCCUCUCCGACCGUUCCCCGCGACCUACACCAAGCGGCCACGAUACGUCCUCACCCCGCCCGGCCGAUCUGAAGCCAUGCAGACGACCUUCAGUGUGUUCUUCGCGCUGGUGGUUGUCGGGAUCGUCGCGUUCCUCAUGCAAGUCUACUGCGAGAUCCGCGGCGCCGUGCCGCCUGUCCUCGGCGCCACGGACUGGCUUUCACCACGAAUGCGCGAGCUGGUGGCGCAGCCAUACAUUCUCGCCGAGACUGCUCGGUCAGAACUCCCCAUUGCCGCACACAGCGCCACAGAGAAACUCAAAGACGCCGCAUCCCAGAUUCCCAGUGUGGAUCAGAUCCAGGCCGGCAUCGAAGACGCCGCGGCGGGAAUGAAGCAGAAACUCUACGAUUUGGUUCGGGAGAACUCGGAGCUCGAAACGCCCAAGGCGAUCAUCGUGCGCGAAGAGGCUGGCUCGGGCGACAUCUCGACGGAACUGGCGCACGAUGCGACACUCGUCCAGCAAGAAACACUCAGGAGGUGGGAUGAGCUGUCCGAGACGCAGAAGACGAGCUGGAAACGCCGACUUGUCGAUGCGGGCCAUUGGGCUGAGGACCAGGGCGAGAAUAUCCUCAAGGGCGUUUUCUUCUCGCAGCUGGCUGAUGCCGUGGGAAAUAUGGUUGGAGGAUGA